AACAAGAGCUGGCAUCCUAUUGGUCUGUCACGCUCCCGUUCGGUAAUAAAAACCAAUAUUUCCUUGCUUUGCUUUGUUGGUUCAAAUUUUAUUAUUACCCUUUUCCAGGUAUUCGGACAACUAAAGUCUUUAGAUUUUCUUAGUUGGCGCACCCAAACUCGACCGGUCCUAGAUUCCCCCCUCACCAAAUUUGCAUUCUUUUGAUUGCUGUAUGCAAUUGGAGAAUUUGAUCUUGGAAUCGACGGACUCCGUAAAGAUUGGAGAAUCUCGAUCUCUGUAUGCUUCAUCAUCCUUGUUCUCUUGUUACUCCUGUUUUGGUUCUCUGAUCAAGUGGAAUUUAGGCGGGUUUGUUCACGAUUCAUUAAGUUUAGAUAGGAUAGGAAAAUCCCGGGACUUUUGGGCGAAGCAAAUUCUGGGUUUGUGAGUCCAUCCCAGCGGGUAGGUGUACAAUAGGCAUUGGUGUAGUUUAGAGUAGGAAAGGUGAUCGUCGAAAGAGAAGAGAAGAUGACGUUGGGUUCGGCUUCGUCGUUGCCAGGGAGCUCAGGGUACUUGGAUUUGCACCCAGACAGGAAAAUGUUCUAUUUCAGGAAUCCUUAUAUUCUCGGUUUGACUGUCGUUGCUGGGAUUGGUGGACUCCUCUUCGGCUACGACACAGGUGUUAUAUCGGGUGCUCUUCUGUAUAUCAAAGAUGAUUUUGAGGUUGUCAGGAAUAGUAGCUUCCUCCAGGAAACAAUUGUAAGCAUGGCCUUGGUUGGUGCUAUGAUUGGAGCAGCUGCAGGUGGUUGGAUUAAUGAUGCUUAUGGACGUAAGAAGGCUACUCUUCUUGCUGAUGUUGUAUUUGCUCUUGGGGCAAUUGUCAUGGCUGCUGCCCCCGAUCCAUAUGUUCUUAUUUUAGGACGACUUCUAGUUGGCCUUGGGGUUGGUGUGGCUUCUGUUACUGCUCCUGUCUAUAUUGCAGAAGCAUCCCCUUCAGAAAUUAGGGGAGGACUAGUGAGCACCAAUGUACUUAUGAUUACCGGCGGCCAGUUUCUUUCCUACCUUGUAAAUCUUGGUUUUACAGAGGUCCCAGGGACAUGGCGAUGGAUGCUUGGAGUAUCAGGUAUUCCUGCUGUCAUUCAGUUUUCUCUCAUGCUCUGUCUGCCAGAGUCUCCGCGAUGGCUUUUUAUGAAGGAUGAUAAAGAGAAAGCCAUUUCUGUGCUCUCCAAAAUUUAUGAAGUGUCUCGCUUAGAUGAUGAAAUUGAGUACCUUUCUUCUCAAGCAGAGGAAGAGCGCCAUAAGAAGGAUGAUGUUAGCUACUGGCAAGUUUUCAGAUCAAAAGAAAUCAGACUUGCCUUUAUUGUUGGUGCAGGACUUCAGGCAUUUCAGCAAUUCACUGGUAUCAAUACGGUUAUGUACUACAGCCCAACGAUUGUCCAGAUGGCUGGCUUCCAAUCCAACCAGUUAGCUAUCUUGCUGUCCCUUAUUGUAGCUGCCAUGAAUGCCGCUGGGACGGUUCUUGGUAUUUACCUCAUUGACAAGUGUGGGAGAAGGAAGCUGGUCCUAUCGAGCCUAUUCGGUGUUAUUAUAUCACUUGUCAUCCUCUCGGCUGCAUUUUUCUUUGAAUCAUCUGAUUCUUCAAGUGGAAUCUAUGGGUGGAUUGCUGUUUUAGGUUUAGCCCUGUACAUUGCUUUCUUUGCACCAGGGAUGGGACCUGUGCCAUGGACAGUGAACUCUGAGAUUUAUCCUGAAGCAUACAGAGGUAUGUGCGGGGGCAUGUCAGCUACUGUGAAUUGGGUGUCAAAUUUCAUCGUGGCCCAGAGUUUCCUGUCUGUAGCUGAAGCCGCAGGAACCGGUGCAACCUUCCUGAUCCUUGCGGUUGUGGCUGUUAUCGCAUUUAUUUUUGUGCUUGUGUUACUGCCGGAGACAAAAGGGUUGACAUUUGAGGAAGUGGAGAGGAUUUGGAAGAAAAGGGCUUGGGGCAGUGAUUCUAACUCGGAGAGCCUUCUUGAGCAGGCAAGUGAGUCUUAGGAAUGUACCAUCUUGUUUAUUCUAUAAGCUGUUAGGUGUCGUCUCAGCCAAUUUGUAUCUUGCUUCAGUCGCUCUAAUAUAUGUCGGUCCAUUCUUCCCAAUAUUUGCAUCGCGUGAAGAUCCCCAAGUAUAAUCCCUUAUGCCAUAUGGGAGUUGGUUUAGGUUUGGUCAAUAAUAUGGUCGGAGAUGUGAACUAGUUGGCAAUUCACACCGGCAAAAAACCAAUAAAACAUGUGAUUGAUGUGAGAAAAGAGACUUUUCUUUUGUACGUUCAUUUUAAUGUGUGGACCAAACUUCCCUUUUGGCUGAAAUUUCAAAUGGCCACAUCUUUCACACGGUUCA